AUGACCUCGUUUGCUCCCAGCCAAUGUUGCUCCCUUGGGAGCCUCCAUGAAGGUAAACCCACUGGAGACCUGAUUGUGCUUGACGGCCAGGUCGACGCAUACCUGGCCACGCCGCCCAGUCAUGUAGAGUCGCAGAACGUUGGCAUCCUCUAUGUACCAGAUAUCCUCGGGAUAUGGCAGAACAGCAAACUCAUGGCCGACUUAUUCGCCGCUCAAGGCUAUACUACUCUGGUCUUGGAUAUCUUCAACGGCGAUCCUGCACCCUUUCAAAUGCCUGAUGAUUUCGACAUUAUGGGCUGGUUAUCGCAUGGGUCCAACGGAAGCAACCCACAUACACCAGAGGCUAUUGAUCCAAUCAUCCUCCAGGGCCUUGCUCACCUCAAGUCUCUCGGGUUGACCCGUAUAGGUGCUGUUGGCUACUGCCUAGGAGCCAAGUAUGUUAUUCGCCAUUAUAAGCAUGGAAUCGAGUGUGGCUUCAUCGCUCACCCUUCCUUCGUCGAAGCUGACGAGCUGGCUGCUAUUUCUGGGCCGCUGUCAGUUGCUGCAGCCGAAAACGACGACAUCUUUACUGUUGAAAAGCGUCACGAGUCAGAGAGAAUUCUUGGAAAGGUAGGCCAGCGAUACCAAAUCAAUCUCUUUUCUGGCGUGGAGCAUGGCUUUGCGGUGCGAGGAGAUCCCUCCAUAGCUGUGCAGCGUUUUGCCAAGGAACAGGCAUUUCUACAAGCCAUUGCCUGGUUUAAGGACAUUUUUACGUAG